AUGCUGUGCGGGGUGCUCGCAGCACGUUGGGCGCCCUCGGGCGUUCAACAUGGCGUGGUACUGGCGCAGCUGCUGCAGCGGCUGGGUCAAGCUGGCAGCUUUGAGUCCAAGCUGUUUCACACGGCGUCGGCUGCCGCUGGCAGCACCAGCGGCAGCUGCGGUGGCGCCGAGCGCGCUGCAGCGCGACCCAGCGGGCCACGCCUGCUGGCCGGCGGCGCCGCGCACAUGCGCCAUGGCAUUCUGACAGGGCUGCUGGCUCCCCGAGGGGCAUGCGUCUAUGGAGCAAGCUUCUCCAGCGCGGCCAGCGAGUCGUCCGCCCUGGAGGUGUCUGCCUCGGAGUCCGAGUCCGAGGGCGGCGAGGCGGCCCGGCUGUCGCCAGAGGAGUGGCGGCGCGCCAACUCCAUGAUUGUGAUGGGCGACAACCCGCCGGCACCGUUCACGACGUUUGAGGAGACAGGGUUCCCCCGGGACUUCCUGCGCAUGUUUGCGCGCGCAGGCUUUUCCGGCCCCACCCUUAUCCAGGCGCAGGCGUGGCCCAUUGCCCUGGAGGGCCGCGACCUGGUGGCGGUCGCCUCGACGGGCAGCGGCAAAACGUGCGGCUUCCUCAUGCCCGCGUUCAUGCACCUGCUCAACCAACCGGGGUCUCAGGGCGGGCGGCUCCCCAGCCGCCGCGGCCCGUCCAUCCUGGUGCUGGCCCCCACGCGUGAGCUGGCGCAGCAGAUCCAGAAGGAGACGCUCUCGCUGGGCGCCCCCAUGCGCAUCAAGGCCGCGUGCGUGUACGGCGGCGCGUCGCGGAGCAUACAGGGGCAGGAGCUGAGGCGGGGGCCCCAGGUCGUCAUCGCCACCCCGGGGCGCCUGCUGGACUUCGUGGAGUCUGGAGAGAUCGAUCUCAGCAAGGUGUGA